GUUUAUCAAUAGCACAAUGCGAGCUGUAAAAUAAUGGUUAAAACUAAAUGCCAUGGACAGGACAAGCUUAUAACAUGCAGCUAAACCAUGAGCAAGGACAAUGGAAGAUACACUGCACGACUACGGAUUUAGACCUGUGGGAACAAUGGGUAGGAGAUGCCAGAGCUUUUUAUCUUUGCUGCUGAAACAAAGACUGAAAGACAGCUUUGUAAAAAAAUUCAGACGAGUGAUAGGUACUCAACCUACAGUUUAAAAAGUAAUAUAAAAAAAUCAGAAAUACGAUUUAGACUAGGAAUUUGCGAAAUAAACAAAUAUUUUAACACUUUGAUAAAAAACUGCCCUUUUUUUUUUUGCCACGUCAAAACAGAAGAUGAAGACUCUGCUACAGGGUCACACCUAUGUGGAUAUAGGGCCUAGUAUCUUACACCCUGAUAAACAGUGGAUAUCAGCAGACGAAGUUUGGUGUGUUGAUCUCUAGCGGGGAAACAAACUAUAUCAGAAAUGUUGCCAUGUUCAUUUUUAUCUUGAGGUGCAACGAGAAUGUUGGAAGAACUGGACAAACAAUGUGAUCCCAUGUGGUUGGGCUCACAGGACUGGUCAAAAUUGGUUUCUGUGUGUGCGUGCAGGCUGUAUAUGGAAAAGAUGGGGGAGGAGGGGGUCAAACGAAGAAUGGUUGGCAUGAGUGUAAGUGCUAGGUAAUGUGUUGUUGAAGUGAUACGAAUGUAUUUAGGUACUUCAUGUAGUUUACGUCUCCUGCCUGUGUAUGUGCCACGGCUGAUGAUGAUAUUUAUAUCUUGCCCUGUUUUGAAAGGGUCGUCGACCCAUCAAAUAAAUAUUUCAGUUUCCAUCCGUCUACACAGGAUUGAUCGAACUGUAUUUAAAAUCGGCAAGUGUUUUUUAGAAGAUUCAUGUGGUCCUAGGCCAUGGAUUCUUUGAAAAAUAACUCAAGUUUAUAUGCAUUGCCCCAACAUCUAAGUUGUUUUCUGAAUUGGUAUUAUCAAAAUCUAUUUUUAAGGGAAAUGGGUGCAGAAAAUUAAAGAAGUUGAUUAAACAGUACUGGUUAUCAAGCCCAAACACAGUACUCCAGUCUUGACUAUAGCAUGGUGUACAGUGCUGCCACUGGCCUAGUCACAGGUACUACAGAUAAGCUUCAUAGACUUCAGGCAUUGAAAGCGCCUUUGUGAACAUUCAUGGGCUGAUGCCAUCUGAAAGAUGAAGGCGAAAAAAAAUGCAUACAGGUCUGGCAAUGGCGCAACCUCGCGGACUAAAAAUUGUAUUGAGAGCCAACUCAGCCAAGUGAAGAGUCUUCCUGAGGUCGGUCACGGUCUCCAGUACAUGUAUAUCAAAUGGAAUACAUUGUCAUAGUCGUCGCCAUCUCCACAGGUCUAUCACAAUGGCCACAUUUUCAUCGUGGCGACCAUUACUUUGAUUUGUGAUCAUUUUACCUACAUUAGCUCUUCCACCAUCCCUGAAAUGAAAAGUUUGUUUCAUAUCUGGCAUCCCAAGGUGGUCGAAUCACUGCCUGUGCGUUACACGAAAUCGCUAACAAGGUGUUUGCUCCAUGGCAAAGUUGGAUUGUUUCUCACUUUCCAGCAGUUGACACACCAACGGCACUGGAUGCAACUUUUGACUGCGACCAAUAAAAACAUUAUCCGAAUAAAACGAUGCUGACUUCGAGCUAAAUCAGUCAUCUUUUAUCCCAGAAUAUCUCAUAAAUGAAUCACGAUAGUCUCAGGAAUGAUGAGCAAAAAAUAAUAAUCCUUUUCAUCUAAUCGAUCAUGGGUUACAGCAUUUAUCUGCUUGUCGGUGUGGUAUUGACUUUGAUUCCAUUAUGCUCUUGGUUUAGCCCGAUUGCCCCUCGGGCUGAUGCUGGAGGGAUGUGGGGGUGUGUAGGGAAAAAUGAUUGGAUGGACGAAUCUCACCACGACUGUUUGCUGAAAAAAACCCAAAUAAACAAGAAUAUAACGUGCAGUAAAACACCGACCAACAGAAUAAACAAAGUCACGUGAACUGUUUUGCUGGCACUGUCACCUGGAAGCGAAGAGGACCAUCAGAGGCACAUCGUCUGUCCCAUCCACACAUCGUAACACUAUACAGGCUGGGAAAAGUUUCAGAUUGUUGAGACAAACGUGGGUCCUUGUCACAGGCGUUAACAACGAUGUCCUCUGCACGCGGCUCAGCUUUCAUCGUGACUUCCUGCAGUGUUAAAGUCACAUCCAUGAUCAAGUUGUUUCUACUGGCCUUGCUGGCCAUGCUCUCCAAGGCAACGGACCCUGACCCGCAGACGUCAUCAGUUCUCGAUGUUCAAACGAGUUACGGGAACGUCAUUGCGUGUGACGCACGUGAGAAGAACAAGGAGUACGCACGCUCAAGGGUGCUGCACGUGCAGUCGACCAGAAGCAAGCUUUCCUGUCUGGCAGCGUGCUUUCGCUACAGUCUGUGCAGCCAUGCGGUGUACGUAGGUGGGUCUGGCCGCAGCCCUCCAUCAUGCGUGAUGCUCGGCGGCCAGCUCAGGUCACGGACUACAGGACAGGAGUUUCGGGGUCACACUUGUCAUAUUCUGACUAUGAAUCCAUGCCACAAUGGUGGAUCAUUCAUUCGAAGCUUUUGCCACUGCCCUGACGGAUUCACAGGGGCUAGGUGCGAGCUGCACAAACCAGACGACUGCCUUGGCAGAUGGACCAAAGUGUACGCCACUGACAUGAACGGUGACACCACAGCUGGCGGCAAGAGUAUGGUGUCCGGCAUCAACAGCCUCUCUGCCGGCGGGUUCGUGAAAGUCAAGGUGCAACUGCACAACGCCACCCUGGUGGCUCGAGGCACAGGCUUUCACACGUUCGCCACGCCUUUCUACUCCAUGCAACUCAGCCCGACAUUGACCAAGAAGAUGUGGAAUGCGUUCAGGGACGUGCCGGUACGGCAGAUGCGCCUGCUGAAAGACGACAGCUCGCUUUACACCGCUGACGAGCGGGACGGGACAAUAACUCAGGCGGAAGUGGCCACGGAGUGGCUAGCGCGCAUGCCCCACGUCCCUCAUCUCGCGUUAGCGUUCGACUCGUCCGGAAGAACGUUAAACGGAACAGUGGAGGGUCUUCUGAGGGCGCUUGAAGAGGGGGCAGAGGUAGUCGGCUUUCCGGCAGUGCAGGUGGACCGUGCCAAAGGCAACGUCAUGCUGAACAAGUUCGGGUGGGAACUAGGGGUGGACAACGUGACACGCACCUUCGUGCACCCACCGUAUUGGUUCCACAGCAAGCUGUGCACCUGCGGGCGCCUGGAAACGGUGCGCGUGCUUGUGACAUCAGAAACGCUGCACGAUUAUACGCCGUCCUAUAGGGUGGCCCGCAGCCUGUACGUCGACGCCUGCUGGACAAGGGCCACUUCGGACCGUACGGGGACAGGCCAGAACGAAAACAGCGUCGCCUACCUGAUCGCCGCCAUCGUCAACGGCCACCGCGUCCGUGUCGUGGUCGAUGACAUGGCCUUAAGCGUGGAGCAAGUCAGGGUAGUCGGCAAUGUCGUUCUCUUUGACACAGCCUCGUUCGUGGAGCCGGCCGACAGCGAGUCGCCGUUGACGCAGAACCCUGCAGCGGUGCGGCUGGUGGUGGCCAGCGAUGGGGAUGUGGUGGAGUGCAGCCGACGCUUGCUGCCUAACUGGGGGACAAAUAGAACCACGCACCGUGCCGGUUCCCUGACCUGGUUCGUCCACACUCGACGCUGGUCGCGCAUCUUCACCGUCACCACGGAAGGGGAAGUUCUGCACGGGUCGGAGAGUGCCCUCCUCCGCGCUGUCAGCGGGGGUGCUACUGUACAGAUCGGCCUCGCCACUGAACUCCCCCGUCCCGCUGGCGCUUACUUCCUUCUGACCAUCCACGCGCUGGUGGUGGCGCAGUCGGGUCACGUGGUUGCGGAGGCCGAAGGACUGUGGGAUCUGCUCACCACAAUAGAAGUGGACUGCCUGUCCCUAUCGAUACUGGUGUCUUCACUAGGAGAGGUGCGGAUGUACAGUUACAGACACCGAGAAGAAGGAAACCACACUGUGGGUCGGAACAUGACGAUCGACUGGUUUGUCGACGAUUAUCAGCCGACAUAAAGUCAAUACUGAAACAAUAACUCACAGACACUGAACGUGUUUGUGUUUGCUUGUUUUGGGGUGGGGUUUUUUUUUUUCUUUAUAGAUUGGAGGUUGAGCUAAAGGUUUGUGUUGCAGAUUUUCAAUUCAUCAGCCGAAGAGAGCUCUAUAAAAUGAAAUAUCGAUUCUGUCCCCCCCCCUCCCCACCACCUCUUUUUUUGUGUGUCCUUAAUUAAAUAAACACUGAUUAUCAACACUGUUCUUUUACUUUCGUUUCACAUUUUUUUUUUUCUCGUCGGCAGCUUCAA